GCGGGCGGGGCGGGCGCCGGGACGCGAGCCACGGGCGCGUUGGUGCCCAGACGGCGGCAGUGGCCGCUUGCUCGGCCCGGCGUCUGUCCUCGCGGCGACCCCGCGCCCCGGCCUCCUGGCCCCGGGCCGGCCAUGCCGCCGCCCGCGCCGCCCACCGUGCUGGUGCCGUCGGAGCGCGCAGUGGUGCUGCUGUCGUGCGCCCUCUCCGCGCUGGGCUCGGGCCUGCUGGUGGCCACGCACGCCCUGUGGCCUGACCUGCGCAGCCGGGCGCGGCGCCUGCUGCUCUUCCUGUCGCUGGCAGACCUGCUUUCGGCCGCCUCCUACUUCUACGGGGUGCUGCAGGACUUCGCAGGCCCCUCGUGGGACUGCGUGCUGCAGGGCGCGCUCUCCACCUUCGCCAACACCAGCUCCUUCUUCUGGACCGUGGCCAUCGCCCUCUACCUGUACCUCAGCAUCGUCCACGCCGCGCGCGGGCCCCGCACCGACCGCCUGCUCUGGGUCUUCCACGUCGUCAGCUGGGGGGUUCCACUGGCCAUCACCAUGGCAGCUGUCGCUCUAAAGAAGAUCGGCUAUGACGCCUCGGACGUGUCUGUGGGCUGGUGCUGGAUCGACCUGCAGGCCGAGGACCGCGUCCUGUGGAUGCUGCUGACGGGGAAGCUGUGGGAGAUGCUGGCGUACGUCACCCUGCCGCUGCUGUACCUCCUGGUCAGGAAGCACAUCAACAGAGCGCACGAGGCGCUCUCAGAGUACCGGCCCAUCCUCUCGGAGGCGCACCGCCUGCCGCACCACUCCUCCGCGGCCGAUAAGAAGCUGGUCCUCAUCCCGCUCAUCUUCAUCUGCCUCCGGGUCUGGAGCACCGUGCGCUUCGUGCUGACCCUCUGCGGCUCCCCCGCGGUGCGGGCACCGGUGCUGGUCGUUCUGCACGGUGUCGGGAACACGUUUCAGGGCGGUGCCAACUGCAUCAUGUUUGUCCUCUGCACGCGCGCCGUGCGAACCCGGCUCUUCUCCCUCUGCUGCUGCUGCUGCUGCUCUUCCCAGCCUCCCGCCGACUGCCAGGCUGGCCCUUGCGAGGCCCCUGCACCCUCCAAGCUGGGAGAAUCACAGGAAUCCAGCCGGACCCCAGAGGGACUUCCAAGCACCUGAGCUGCUGCCCUUCCUAGUUCUGUGCACAGGGGCUGCCCUCGUGCGGACAGGUGCUUCUGUGAGUCCCUUGCGCAGGGCGGGGGAGUGGGUGUCUGCUGCCCUGGAAGCCCCUGCUAGUGAAGCCCCCCACCCCGGUGGGGACCAGCUGCCAACUCAGCUUCUACCUCCUAGACUCUCAGGCGUCGUGUGCCAGUCGCACUGUGUCCUGGCACACUGGGGGUCGUUCAUCUGCACGAGGGUAGCAAUGAGAGUCAGGGAGACCAGGGGUCCAUGGUCACUGCCAAGGUGCCUCUCGUCCAGCUGCCCUCAGUGUCCUGAGGACCUCACAGCACUGUUUACAAUUUGAGGGACCCACAUCUGUACACCCAUCUGUGUAUGAUUAAAUAAAAUGACAGCGAUGUGUCCCCCACCCAGACAUCAUGAAGCAGAUUCCCUGGAGAGUCCGGCUUUUCCUGGACAGCUUUGCUGGUCAACAGAGAAGCCAGUUACCUUUAAGCAGGUUGAAGUUUCCCUUGAGGUUGUGUGGUGACCACCACGUAUGAGCACAACCCAGCACAGCUGCUCAGGGACAGCCAGUCCUCUUGGGGCGUCCUAGAUCCCGUCAGUGGGUCAACAACCCUCGACGCAGAUCGAGUGCGAGUUUCAAGCACAGCCAGAAUCCAGACCCCUGUCCCCACUGUCAGCCUCCGAACAUACAGGUUCCUCUUCCCACUGCAAGGCUGGACCGAGGAGCAUCUCAGGGACCCCCCGAGGACACCUCGCUUCUCUCCAGGUCCUUCCUUAUAAUCCUCCUGUUCUCAGGGAGACUGAAAUCGGGGUGAGAUGGGAGGGGAUCUGGUUUAUUCACUUCCUAGGUCUGUUUUUUAUGGAAAAGGUGACCAGAGUUGGUGAAUGAUCCAGAUACCAAUUCCUCCCUGAAGGUGACAGUUCAAGAUUCCGCUGUUUGGUAUUCGGUUGAGGGAAGUAGCAACAUGGAUUAUGUACGUUUAAAAGGAAAAGGAUUUAAAAUAAGCAACUGCAUCUCUAUUUAUUAGUAUAUCCUACGAUCUUCCACCAACACUUUCCUCUGUCUUUCGAAAGCAAUUUCUCCCUUAAGCCGCAGAAGCCAUCGGCUACGAAUGGCAAGUGUAGGUCUUCCCCGGGGGGUGUGGGGGGGGCGAGCCAGGGAAAGGACUCCCCUGGAUUCGUCAGAACUCUUCAAGACGGAAAUGGUUUUCUGAGCCUGGUAACGUGGAUCUGGAUUAAAGCUAAGUCAUGCUAUGCUGUCGGUUCUUGUUUUAUUCUCCAAAACAACAUCUGUAUCAGGAACGGAAGGGUUGUGUUGAAGACUAAGUCCAAACUGUCAUUUUUGGUUUCAUUUGAAAACAGAUUUUUUGAUGAAGAUCGGCAAGAGGAGAACAUCUCCUCAGGGUUCAAAGUCCUUACAGACACCCUGAAGACAGUACAGCAGGAGUCGGGCACAUAGCGGGCAAAGACCUCGCUCACGUUGGCUCCUAGAGUGGAGCGUCCUUCGGGAAUGUGCUUGCUGCAAGGGGAAGAUGCUGCACGGUGACUCAGCAGCAGGCCCAGAGGAACAGCUUAGAAUAAACCCGGCUCGGCGAGGCCCCAGCACUCGCUGUCUGCAGAGAGCCCAGUCCGGGCGAGGCGUGGCCUUCCUCCGAGCGGCCGUGCUCAGGAAGGGCCUGCAGAGGGAGGCAGAGGCUCACAAAACACCUACAAUUUGCUGCCCCGGGCGCACUCGUGUCUUCAUUCCAGUUGUUUGAUGCCACUGGCUGCACUGUCUGUUUUGGUGAAAACCUCCAAGAAGUCACGCCUUGGGUAUUUCCGCAUCAGCGUCCUCUGCCACCCACCCUGGCACUGCAGACAAAUGGUUGCCGUGAAUGGUGGUGACAGUGCGGGCAGGGGAGGAGCUUGUCUGGGUGCCUGGGCCUCUGCCUGGCCAACCCCGAAAAAAGCAUUGCCUCUUUCUUAGACCCAGUAGGGAACCAGUCUGGCCGGGUGGGCAGAGCUCAGGGCCAAAGCGUGGAUGGGAAGGCAGGCGCACCUAAACGUCCAAGAGGGGCUGUUGCUUCUGAUCUGGGCAUCACACGACCAGGCUCCUUCUACACUUUGCCCAGCCCUGGCGGGUUCCUUUCUCCUCUGUGGGUGUCGUUAAUGUUUAUCUGCCCACAUCCCUCGGUGACCCCAGCGUAACCUCGGCCGCAGCGGGUGCUGCAGUGAUAGCAGUGUUCUCAGCCUGGCGUCCCUGUUUUCACGCACUGUCUGAACCUCGGUCUUUCCGUCAUGUUUACCAGCCACUUUCUGCCUCUUUGUGUUUCUGAGAGUUGUUUGGGUUUAUUUGUUCAGUUUUGGUUUUUAAUAAAGAUUAUUAUUUGGCCCAAGCUGAGGGUGCACACGGAACUCUUCCCAUGUCCAUGACAAGAAAAACUGUCUUUACAAACUUCCUGUCGUGGCACAGUAGCGGUGUGAGUUUUUGCACAUGCAGAAUUGUAAUGAAAACCCUGACCGUGUGGAUGGAAGCUGGAGUCUUGCUAUUUUAAAUUAAAUAAAUUAAUUAUUUUUC